AUGGACGUAAGUAUUUCCCAAUUUUAUUGUUGAUUCUGUGUUUAGAGAUCUGGGCACCACUUGGAGGAGUCCGUAAACACGUCUUUCGGGGUGUUUUCACUCAAAGGCACCAGUUUGUGGUCCAUGACCGAGAAAGAGAAACAGAGCUUCGCGGAAAGAGACAUUGAUUUAGACAUUGGUAGGCGAGUUCGAUUUUUGUUGAGAAUUUAGGUGUCUACUGACUUGAAAUGACCAGAAAUAGCAGGAAGAACGUCUUGGCGAGCUCAUGAUUUACUCUUCUCCAUGUUUCUUUGAUUUCAGAGGCCAGUAAAGACAAUAGCAAGGCGGAUGGUGUGGGAGAGCGAUAUUCCACCAAAAUUUUUGUUGGUGGGAUUCCGUUAGGGACAACUGAUGUGUUCCUUCGUCAAUGCUUCGGUGCGUUCGAUAUGUGCGACGUUUCAUGGCCGGGGAAGAAGAAUUACAGCGACACACCUCCAAACGGUAAGUCAAGUGUAAUAUUGAUGCAAUAUUGGGUAAAAAUGGGUCUAUUUUUAUGUAAUAGCGGGGUAGUGACUUGAAUAACAUUUGGCAAUGGCAUCACGGGUUUUUACUGGGUUUCUUCAAGAUUAUUUCCGUAGUUUUCAUGGAUAAUAUAAUUUAUGGUUCCAUUCGUAUGGAAUGUCCUUGCAUUGGCUAAAAUCAGUGUUUUUUGGAGAAGUUAGACCCCAUUAAAGCUGGCUGACCCAAAAAUUUUGCUGUUUAAAAUUUCAUUAUCUCAUGUAUAAUAUAAUUAUUGUCUUUAUUUUGAUCUUGUUUUAGGCUACUGUUUCAUCCAGUUUCGCCAUCAUGAGGCUGUAAGAGCCCUGUUGAAUGCUUGCACGUUUCGCGAAGACAAACAUUUCUUUCCUUUGGGACGAAGAAAUGACCUGGUAAGUAUAAUAUAAUUUUUUUUUGGUUUAGAUGCCUUUUUGCUCAGGACAGUCAAAUUUAACUCUUUUAUGGUGUCUCCCAUCUAAAAUCCUUUUUUCCAGGUGCAAAUUCGUCCAUGGAGAAUUUCCGAUUCCACUUAUACCGUCUCCGAGCUCUGGACGCGGUUUGUUCGCCUCUCCGUUUUUGUUGGUGGACUUCCCAGAACUUUGAAGGCGUUCGAACUCUUCGAAUUGGUGCAGCAACGAUUUGGCAAUGUCCUUCAUUGCUCUGUUGAAUUGGAAUUCGAAUCCUCGUAUCCCAAGGGCGCAGCUCGCGUCAUCUUCGGAAGUGUGGAAAGUUAUCGUGCUGCCGCCGCUGCCGGACAUGUGGAACAUCAAUGGCAUCCGAAUAGACAUUACAAUCCUCGAGGGGUAAGAUUUUAACUUUUUUUUGUUGGCUUUUAGGAACUGUCCGGACAAAUUUUGGAAGAUUUGAAGGAAAAUUGUUAUAAACUGUGAUUUUGAAGGUGAUAAUGGCCAAAUCACGAAACAAUCGUACAUUUAGAUGGUGCUCUGAUAUGUUUACGGUGUUAGGGAUGGCAAUGCAAAUGAGUUUUGCCUUCCAAUAAUUUAAUAUUUUAGAAUUUUCAGGCAGAGUUCAAGCCCUUCAUCUACAAGAAUAUUUCUUGCGAAAAUUGUGGAAAUAUUGGCCGAAAAACAGAUUUUUGCACUGCGAACGAGUGCCUUCUCUAUUACUGUCGACCAUGCUUUGAUAAGGUCCAUAGAAACAACCCACUUUUUGUUGGACAUAAGUGCUCCGAGGCAACGCCAAGAGACCUCCCAAACCCAUGUGUGGCGUCGAAAUCGGAUGGAGAAACUUCUGGAAAUUCUUCGAUGGUCUCCAAUCUCCCUCAAGAAGCGACUAGUUCCAUGAAGAAGACCGAAUCCGACGACAGCUUGAAGGAAAAUGGGACGUCGGGCAAGGCGAAGGUCGAGAAAAAUGUGGAAAAACGCCCGAGAAAGUUUGGAGGCAUCCUCACCAGCUAUGGAGUGGACAUCUAA